AUAUAAUAUAUAAUUAUAUAUAUAUAACUCAGCUCAAAUGGCUUUGUCCAAAGCUUCCCAGUCACUAUGACUGGACCAGUUCUGAGAUCUCCCUUUACCCCAGGCUCUUACAGAUCAAUUCAUGCAGUGAUCAUUUUGGAAGGGAUGCAUUUUUACCCUUUACCUUCUCUCCUCCUACCCAGAACCAGAAAGUCCACUGUAGGUUUUGAGCACCUAAUGGGCUCACAGAUACAAGAGGCAAUGCCAGACUGCUUAGGAGAUGAUUGCUCCUUAUCUGAGGUCAUUCAGUAGGGCGGAGAUGUACAGAGUGGGGAAUGUAGCCUGCAAGUUGUUUGCUGGGUCACAGUAAUGUACAGGAGUAAAUGAUUUUUUGUGUUUCUCCAAGACAUUUUAUAUGUAAGUAGAAAAGAGAUCACAUAAAUUAAUCAGCAUUCUCAUGAAGUGAAAGCAACAGCUGUUCUCAGUGACCUAAGAAAAGCCUUUUAGCCUCUCUCAGAGAGGUGGAUAGGAGUGCUAACAGGCACAUCCCCAUCACAGCCAUUCCUCACAGAGGCCAUACAACAUAUGCAGACACUCAGCUGAAGAUCAAGGCAAGGACAUUCUUAGAGAACUAAGUACUUCAGUGUUUUGCUUGAAAGAGAAAGGCCCCAGCCUCUCCCAGGGAGAUGCUUUCACAGACUAACCCAGCUAACUCACAAAACCCAUUUCCUUUCACAUCACAGAGCAUUCAAUCUGUUUUCUUGCAAGGCACUCACAGUUUCAGUCUAUCAACCUAAAACAAAUUAGGACUACUGUACAGCCAGAAGACAGAACAGGGAGCACCUAGUAAGCUGUUUCUGGUGUGCUAAGGACAGUAUGGACAGCAGUGAAUGGGGAGGAGCAGGGGAGAGAGAAAACUAAAGCAAAACAGAAACCACAGACACCAGAGUCUAGGGAAGGAAAAGACAAGGAGAGAUGUAUCUGGAUGAGAUACAGAUGGCAUGAUCUAUGAACUGUUCCACACUGGAUUUUGUUUAACUACCAUAUGGAUGUCUAUUUUGUAUGAUAUCUCCUUCAGAGACAGUAUGAGCAUCCAUGAUACCUUCCCUCUGAUCUUUCUAGGGAAAGCGACUGACUUUGUCGUGGCAGCAAAAUUUAGAAGCCUUAAUGAUGAGCUUACACUGACCUCUCAGAUGAUUUAUCGUCCCAGCCCACAAGCAGUUGCUAAAAGGUCAAACGUGGGAUCAAGCCAGAACAGAGAUGACACCAAUACACCAGAACAGCAAAGUACAAAUAAGCAAUAAUCCUUUUGCCAUUGACAGUUACCUGGUCUGAGAAUCAAUGGAUGUCUCUCGUGCACAAACAGAAGUGUCACUAGCAGUAAUUCCUUUCUUUGUUCUUUAACUGAAAGGCUAAUUGAUUGAUUACAGGAAGAGCUUACAGUGCAUGCUUACUUCCACCACCUGCAGCAUAAAGCCUGCAAUCCCCAGCAGCAUGCACAAGAAGGAAAUGUACGAGGAAAAUAAACAAGAUGAGCUCUGCUCAUUAACAGAUCCUGUUUAGUAUGUGACAAGUGUAUGAUUGAUUUCUAAAAUCAAUACAGGGUAAUCAAAAAGCUAGCAAUACAUUUCAGCUGCAGAAUUCAUAGCCGCAUGCACAUUUCAAAUCAGGUUGAAGUAACUUAAAAUUCAUUCAUUUGAGGUUGAAGUAAGACAGGAAAAAUGAUUUGUGUUAAUAUGAAAACAUUUCAUUCACACUAAAGUUAUAUGUUUUUUUAACUUUAGAAUCAAUAUCUUUUGUUUAACUUUAGAUGGUAAUGUUAAUUGCAGCUAUUUUAAAUGAAUUGUGGUCAAUUACAAACAAAUGUUUUUCAAAUUUUGCUUUUAGAAAAUUGAAAUUAAGAUAUUGUUAUAUACCCAAAACAAAAACUUUCCAGACAUCUGAAAUGUUCCAUUUCAGCUUUAUACAAACAAGCCAAUCUACCACUUCCAAAAUCCACCCAUCUUCAUUUUUUUUCAAUAUAAAACAAUGCACUAAAUUCAAUCUGAAUUCAUGAAUAGUUUCAGUCUCCCAUCUCCUCCAUUCUUGUUCUAGCCUUGUAUAUUCUGUUCAAUUUGUUUUCAUCAACACAGCUUUACUUGGUUCUAGUUACAGCCUUCUUACAGUGAAAGCAAGAAGAAGAAAGAAGGGCAACUGCUAGACUCAACUCCAGCUUGGAAAGUCUGUAUCUUAUGAAAAAGUGUGACUUGAAAAACUCAUGGAUACCAGGUGCCCCCUGUAAUAAUGUGUUAAUAAGUAAUUGACUUCCAGACUGUGAACAGCCACAAUCAGCCCCAGGUGUUAUAGGCAGAGCUGGUGCCCUGAGUCAGGGGUUUAGACUCAAAACGCUGUCAGAGCAGACAUAUCAAAAUUAUGAUUCUAUGAAGAAGAUAUUGUACUAAUUCUAAUUGAAACUGAAAUUAUUUGGAUGUAUUUUUGUUAUGCCCUUAGCAAGCCAGGUAAUUUUUCCGAAUGUACACAGGGAACCCUAUUACCUGGAUUGUAAUUUUUCUGCAUGUUUUGAACAAGAAAAUGUAAGGUUUAUUUCAGAGAAAAGUGAUCUAUUGGAAUAAUUUCCCUGGAUUCCCUAGGUGUCUGUUACCCACUUCAGUACCAGUGCAGUUCAUUAGUAGCAUUUGCUAAUGGAUAAACUAAAGCAGUAAUGUGAUACUUGCAAGUAAUUGUGCGUGUGUACAUGUGUAAGUGAAUAAACCAUCUUGUAAGGUAUCCGUUAA